AUGUCCGAUCCUGUGAAACCGGCGUCCGUGCUAAGCGUCUCCUUCAAUCAGGACGCCAGCUGCUUCGCCGUCGGAACAACCGACGGAUUCCUCGUCUUCCGAGCCGCCGAUCCUUUCGGCGAAGCCCUCCGCCGCAACUUCCCCGGCGGAAUCGGCGUCGUUCAGAUGCUCUACCGCUGCAACAUCUUCGCGAUAAUCGGCGCCUCCAAAUCUGACCGCAACAAGGUCAGGAUUUGGGACGAUCGCCUCAACCGCGGCAUCGGCGAGCUGGUGUUCCGGUCGGAGGUGAGGGCCGUCCGCCUCCGGAAGGAUCGAAUCGUGGUGGUGAUGCUGCAUAAGAUCUACGUUUACAGUUUAUCUGAUUUCGAAUUGAUUCAUCAGAUUGAGACGAUGGAGAAUCGGCAGGGGCUGUGCGAGAUCUGUAAAGCGGGGCAGAUGGUGCUGGUUUGUUUGGGGGAACAGAGAGGGUUUGUGAGGGUGGUGCAAUACGCAACGAAUAAGUCUACGCACGUGAUGGCGCACAGUUCCAGCAUUGCUUGUGUUGCUUUGAUGGAUGAUGGUAUGCUCAUGGCAACCGCAAGCACUAAGGGCACGCUCAUACGUGUGUUUAGAACCAUGGAUGGAUCCUUGCUUAAGGAGCUGAGAAGGGGUUCUGAUAGAGCAGUAGUACGCAGCAUUUCAUUCUCUCCUAGUGGAAGAUGGUUGGUUGUUUCAAGUGAUAAGGGAACUGUCCAUGUAUUCAUCGUAAAGUUUGAUUCGAGCUCUUUGAAGACUUGUCGUUCAGAAGUACCAGAAACAAAUAAGUUUGCUCCACUUUCCCUAUCGCGUCUUUCCUUCAUUAAAGGUUUUCUGCCUAAGUAUUUCAGCUCGGAAUGGUCAAUGGCUCAGUUUCGCAUACCAGAAGGGAUACAGCAUAUUGCUGCGUUCGGACCCGGGGAGAACACAAUUGCUGUUGUUGGCAGUAAUGGAAGUUAUUAUAGGUGCCAAUUCGAUCCAAUGGUGGGUGGAGACAUGACCAAACUGGAAUCCUAUAACUUCUAAUUUUGUCACUGUCAUUUAUAUCUGUAUAGAAUUUUGUUUUUAUUAAGCUAGCUUGCCUACACUGUCGAUAUGAUGAGCCAAAUGAUGAUUAUAUUAAUUUAUUUUUUUAG